AUAUAAUAUCUACAAAUAACCGGAAGUUUCGAAAAGAAAAAAAAAAGUCAACACUGAUUUUAAAGUUAGAUCUAUAAAUUCUAGUCUAGUUGGUCCAUCCAAGUUCAGUUCAGUCCAUGAUUACUGUUCAUUUGGUUACUAGAAAUCCAAAGUCUGUUGCAUUGUUUAGAAAGGAUAGUUGAGUUCAGUAAAAUGUCUGACUUAGACGAAAUAGCUGCUGCUGCUGGCAUAGCUAUUGUGGAAGACAACUCUGGAAAUGGGGAUGCAGAAAGAAGUAGAGAUGAUAAUGACAAGUCAUGUAAACCUCUAGAGACUGACAUGUCUUUGCAGUCACAAGUAUUGGAUUUGGAAACCAUCUCUUCCAAUCGUUAUACAGAUGCAGACCCAGACUAUGUCAAAGUACUGGAGGAUAAUUCAGCAGCUCAUCCACCCUGUGUGAUAGACUUUUAUGUCAGGAAGCCGAGAGAGGAUAAUCGUAAUUGGCAAGGGAGAUAUGAUGGUGGAGACAGAAGAAACUAUAACUAUCGAGGAGGAAGAAAUGACGGCUGGAACAGAGGUUAUGAGAGGCAUGGUGGACAUGGUGAUUACCACAGAGAAAACAGAGAUUACAGGCACAGAGAAAAUAGAGAUUACAGGCACAGCGAAAACAGAGAUAGAUCACCACACAGAUAAUCCACUCUGUAUACUUAAGAUGCUUAUAUGUAUAUAUUUGUAUUUGUACUUUUUUAAAGCUUUCUUUUGAUUUCUGUGUUGCUUAUUGUUUAAUGUAGCAAUGUAUGGAAGUUCAUUUUGAUGUUCAUCAUCAAUAGGUCUGGUAGCAGAUUACCAUAAUCAGAUCCAUUAAACUGCCCUAGUGAGGUAGAAUCCAGAUGCAGACAGGGAAUUUUGAGAUUACACUCAAGCUGAGAUGUGUUUGUAAAAAUGUUAGUUUGUAAAAUGUUUUACAUGGUUUCUCAUGUUCCUUCAGAGUUGAAGAUAAUCACCUUCCUAGUUCAAAGCUCCCUGGUAUGAACCCAGGACGAGAUGGCAGAAUGAAAGUCCAGGGUGCAUACCAAGUGACCAGGCAGCCAUCCUGCUGAGCAGCACAGAAAAGAUUCCCUAGAUACCUCCACAAUAUAGAAUAGCCCAGAGCACACUGAACAUGCUACAUUAAUAUGGAGAGAUGUGACACAUAUAUUUAUAAUAAUAAGCUAUAAUAAGUUUUUCAGUGUCACCAUAAACUUAGAAUGAUAAAAUUAUUCUAAGCUUUUGAAACUAAUAAUCAGCUAAUAUUUGGCAUUAUGUUUUAUCUUUAAGAAAGAUGUGAACUACUACUAGUACUAUACUGAAUGAGGCUCAAAAAUAGAACACAAUAAUGAUACCCUAACCAAAUUCAUUAAUAUAAAGAUUUAAUUGCUACUUUGAACUGUUAUUUCAAUUUACUUCCUGGUGAAUGGAUUGUCCAUAGUCAUGUUUUCAAAUUGUUUUUUUAAUGGAAAUAAAUCUUGGUGUAAAGAC